AUGGUGCUAACUAGUGCUUACUAUUUAAACGUUUUAAACAGCCUACGCUCCGGUCUUGAAAGCAACAUACUUACUUGCAUCGGUUUGAAUUUAGAAAACAUAUUUCCCAAACUGUGUAAAGCCUGCGAAAACAAUAAGAUGGCUGCAAUUCCUCCGUCGGCAUUUUCUGCAGGUCGUAUCCGUGAAACAGAGCGGAACAUGAAAUUAUCGAACAUCAAUAAAGGAAACCCUUCACCUAAAUAUUUCAACAAUAAUGUUACAGAGCUAACUCCGCUGAAAUAUAACAGCAAGUUGAUGAACAGUAUCUGGGGAUUUUACAACCGCUACUCGCCACACAACGUGAAGAAAGUUAAUGACGCCAUUUCCUUUAAUGGGGAAUUGCAGCAAUCUGCUGUCAAUUCCUCUACCAAAAAUGAACCUAUGAUAGUUUUACCUACACCCAAACUCGAUAAUGUUUGGGCUACAAUCAAUGUUUAA